AAGACUGUGCUUCAUAGCAAAGAAACUUUCCUUACAAGGAAUUGAAUGGGAGAUUUCCACUAUGCAUUGCUUGCCAGCUGUUGCUGUCUUGCUAAUUCUGGGAUUGCUGUGUGGAUGUGUUGACACAGCGACAGUGCACGAAUGGUGUUACAAUGGAGACGUCUGUGGCCCAAGUGCCUGGAUCACCAAGCCCUUUGGAAGCUGUAAUGGAACUCGUCAAUCUCCCAUUGACAUCAGCACUGACAGAGCGCAGACCGACCAGAACCUCUCGCAGUUCAGCUUCUCAGAUUACGAGGACAAGCACAUCAUGAAGGAAAUCGUCAACACCAGGAGGACAGUGAAAGUCAUUCUCAAUGACAGUGUUGAGAUUACAGGCGGGGGCCUGCAGGACUCCUAUCACGCGAUUGAGUUUCACCUGCACUGGGGGAACUUGCACUCUGUCCCUGGAUCAGAGCACAAGAUGGAUGGGAAGCACUUCCCCAUGGAGCUCCACAUCGUUCACUUCAAGAAACAUUACAACUACACCCUGGCAAUGGCAGACCCGACAGGAAUCGCAGUGCUGGGCUUCCUCAUUGAGGCUACCGAUGAUAAAGACACACCCCUGAGCUGGAAACUUCUCACAUCCAAACUCGACGAUAUCUCACACAACGUGACCUCUGCCCAUUUGAACCUGUCUCUGUCCCUCGAUGACCUCCUCUCCGGGGUUAACAGGUCAAAGUUCUACCGCUAUCCCGGCUCACUGACGACCCCCCCCUGCCAGGAGUCAGUGCUGUGGACCAUCUUCGAAGAAAAGAUUCACGUGAGCAAGGAUUUGAUUGACUUGUUUGCUAAGAGGCUUGUUCAUUAUCCCAAGGCCGCUGUGAACAUCACAAACAUCUACCGACCAGUUCAGCCUCUCAACUCCAGGACGAUCCUCGCGUCUCCAGGGACCAAAGCCGGUCCCCUGUUGACCACAGGCAAUGUGGGCGGAGCUCCACGUCUCUCUGUCCCCUCCACUUGGCUCCUGGUCGUCACGACAGCAGGACUCAGCUUCCUGAGAUAGAAAAAGAAACUGAAGUGUGAAAUGAAAAUAAAAGAAACGUUUCCACUA